AUGAAGGUCAUUCUGGAACCUUACAAUCCUCAGUGGCCACUCAAAUUCAGCGAAGUAAGAGAGCAACUCUUAUCCAUUCUCAAAGAUGUGCCCAUCAUAUCGAUUGAACAUGUCGGAAGCACCUCUAUUCCCUCCAUGAAAGCCAAACCUGUCCUUGACAUCGACAUUAUCAUCCCUGCCUCCUCGCUCCAGGCCGUAAGGAGAGCGCUUGCAGACGCAGGAUAUACUGACUGUGGUGAAAUGAAUAUUCCUGGUCGCGUCGCAUUUCGACAGCCAGGAUACGGAAGACUUGAUGCCGCUCACGGCAUUGGAGCACCAGACGAGCUACGGCGCAAUACCUACGUUGUGAUCGAGGGAUGUUUAGCACUGAGGAAUCAUCUCGAUGUGAGGAGGGUGUUGUUGGAGGAUCAGGAAUUGCGUGAAGAGUACGCACGGGUGAAGAGCAAGAUGGAGGAUAUGGAGUUUGAACAUAUUGGGCAAUAUGUGGCUGGGAAGACGGAGAUUCUUUCCAAGAUAUUACGCAAGGCUGGUUGGAGCGAGGUAGAGCUAGAGCCGGUUAUUGAAGCUAAUAGAUAA